AUGAGCCCGCGCUUCCCCCUCCUCCUCCUGCUCCUGACCGCCUGCACCGCGCUCUGCCACGGCGCGCCGCUCGCCGGGGAGCUGCGCUGCCGCUGCGUGCACACCGUGAGCGAGGUGAUCCCGCCGCGGCGCCUGGACCGCGUGGAGCUCGUCCCCGAGGGGCCACACUGCGCUGUGCCAGAAGUGAUAGUGACAACGAAGCAGGGACAGACGGUCUGUGUGAACCCCUCGUCACCUUGGGUCCAGCUCAUCGUCACCAAGAUCUUCAACAGUCCACAUAAGCAGCUCUGAGGGCAGAAGAAACAACUCUAAAGAAGCUGCCUGUAUUUUCAAGAAGAUACUGGGAA